GAACGCGCCCUUCCCCCGUGCAAACUUUCAGUCGCUGCGACGGAAGCAGGAACUUGGUCACGACAAAAUCUGCGGGGCCGGUGCGGGAGCUGCGGAGCAUCCCCUGCGAUCCUUCCCAGAGUCUUGUGCCGCUUCGCCGGUUCUUUGCAAAGGCGAUCUAUCCGUCCUUGGGCCCGGGCGCCACGGGGACCCCAGGGGUCUCUUGUUUGCAGUUUUUUCUAGAGUAAAGACAAUCUGUACAGUCUUCUGAGGUGAGACGAGACGAGAAGGGCCAUCCUUGACCUGAAGGGUCCAUCCUUGGUCUUUGAAGAGGGACCAAGACGAAGCAACAGUUCAGAAUGCUCUUCAGGGGAGACAGUGUGGCUUACACAUUGGUAGUCAUUUCCUUCCUGACACCAAGGCUGUCCGCUGGUCAGAACUGCUUCACCAAGAGCCUAGAGGAUGUUGUCAUCGACAUUCAGUCUUCGCUUUCCAAAGGCAUCAGAGGCAAUGAGCCCAUACACACGGCAGCUCAGGAAGACUGCAUCCGAACCUGCUGUUCAACACAAGACAUAGCCGGGGACAAGUCAUGUAAUUUGAUGAUCUUCGACACCCGGAAGACAGACAGACAGCCCAACUGCUACCUGUUUUUCUGUCCCAGUGAGGACGCCUGUCCACUGAAGCCAGCCAAGGGCCUUGUGAGCUACAGGCUCUUCAGAGAUGUUCCGCUGACCAGAGCUAAUUCAUCACUCCAAAAGGUAACACAAGAGGAGUCUCUCUUACUUGGCCACGCCUCACCAGGAGUCACCCCUGGGGUCCCUCCCCCAGCAGGUUACCCAAAGCCCACCGGCCUGUUUUGGAGAGACGUAUCUUCUCCGAAGCCCACAACCUCCCAGCACUUACAGAAAUACAUCCAGGUUGAUGACGCAAGCACGCAGCCCCCUUCCUAUGAAGGGAAAAACCAUUCUCAGAGCUUACAGCUUCCCUCAGAACUAAACAUGGUUCAUGUGCUCCCUAAAACGCCCCCAUUUCCCACUGUGGCUCCCCACGGUGGUAACGCCUCUGCCACCCUGAAACCUGCACUUCUGCUGGCCAGCAUUUCAGUGACACCUAAGACUUCACGGCCGAAGGACGCCACCACAGUUCCACACGUAACCACUGUGACCUCGGAGUCCCCAGCAGUCCCCGUGUCUACAGGUUUUACACCCGUGGUUUCACCCCAGGCAGCUUUGACGACCAUCCUUCAAGCACCUACAGACUCGAAAGGCAUCUUCGAAACAGUGCCCUUUCGAGGAGGCUCCAAGCUAACUUCAGACACGAGGCAUGGGAAGCGCCCUGCCGCCACUUCUUUGUCAACCUCAGAGUCUUCUGUUAUAAACAAGACUGCUCCCUGGGAGAACGGGAGGAUCAGUGUAGGCAGCAUACCACGGAACAGGGGUCCAAACACCCAGCAUGGCCUUUCGUUUGAGAAAUGGCUUCUCAUUGGGACGCUCCUCUUCGGUGUUUUGUUUCUGGUAAUAGGCCUCGUCCUCUUGGGUAGGAUGCUGGUUGAAUCCCUCCGUAGGAAACGGUAUUCAAGACUUGACUACUUGAUCAAUGGGAUCUAUGUUGACAUCUAAAGACAAAUUCAGUAUCUCUCACUUCAUGUAAGAUCUCGUUGCCAAAUGCCACCUGCGUUCCUUCUGCCCAGCCCAUCUCAGCAGGAAUUAUAUUUUGAAAAAUAGCCCUAUUUCCUCCUCCUCCUCCUCCUCCUCCUCCUCCUCCUCCUCCUCC